AUGUCAAUGCCGAAGCGGAGAGAAUACUUGCCAAUCCCAGGCUCCAGCAAUGAGUCUCAGGCUUCACGUUUAGAUUCUGACCUGGACCAUGCUUCUGAAAAGCCAUCCAGUGGAAGGCACGUAAAUUUGAGCAAAAUCCUAAACUUUCGAUACUAUAUCGUGGCUCUUGUUGUCUGCAUCUGCUUCAUGUUUGGUUUUAUUAGUGGCUUUCAUAGUAGCCCAUCGAUCCGCCGUCCCUAUACAACAGGACAUGGUACAACGUCUUCAUGCGUCACACAGGAUACUAGGCGUGAAUGGCGAAGUCUCAGCCACCUCGAAAAAGACGCCUAUAUCUCAGCAGUCCAAUGCCUCCCCACUCAACCAUCGAUACUCAAUCUCCCCCAUACGCUCUACGAUGAUUUCGCAUGGGUGCAUACUCACAAGGGCGAUGAGACACUUGACACCGCCGGUUUCUUCCCAUGGCAUCGGUAUUUCAUUCUAUCGUACGAGAAAAUCUUGCGAAAACAAUGCAAUUAUACAGGCAGCAUGCCAUACUGGGAUUGGACGCUUGAUUGGACUGACUUUCAUUCUUCACCACUUUGGGAUCCCCACACAGGAUUUGGCGGCAGUGGAAAUACCUCAGCAGCAGCAAGCGUCGGCAGAGGACAUUGUGUAACAGAUGGCCCUUUUACAGAGCUGAGGCCUCUUUACUAUGAUCGCGAUAUUCAACAACACUGUCUUUCAAGAGCAUUCCGUACUGGCGAGACGCUGGAACUUGCUAUGAGUAAAAUUUCACCAGCAGCCGUGGAAGCUGUGUUGGCACGACAAGACUAUCAGAAUUUCACAUUCUGGCUGGAGAAGGAUACACAUAAAUCCAUGCCCUAUGUUAUUCAAGGAGAAUGGAUGAGAACAAGUGUGACGAAUGAUCCGAUAUGGUUUUUGGCACACAUGCAGCUUGAUCGAUUGUGGUGGAUAUGGCAAUCAAGGAAUCCGGAGACACGAUUUUACGAGUUUCACGGUGUUGGGUGGGGAGGAUCAAACCAAGAUGCCUCGCGGAGUGAUAAAGUAGAUAUAGGAGGACUAUUGCCAAGUAUCACCGUCGAGCAGUUACUACGCACUGAUUCCGAUAUCAUGUGCUACAAGUAUUGA